UUUUUCCAAGUUUACAAUAAUAGCACAUUGAACAUUUUAUAAUAAUGCAGGAUUUUCAAAUAAUUUUCAAAGGGAUCACGCAAUAAUAAAUUUGGAAUCUUGUGCUCCAGACUAUUGUGAAUGUGACAAAUAAGUUUGCAGAAGUUCUGGAUUAAAGAUAAUAAUGUUAGAAAUUAUUUUUGCUUCAUUGGACGGAACAGUCACUUCAUAAAUGCUUCUUAGGCCGUUUGUUUGUUUAGUUUUGCCUCUAUACGUUUUCUUGACUCUCAAAGCAAGUCAUUCACUUCUGUUUAAUGAAGAGUGAUUUCAACUUAAAAAACUUCUUUAAGUCUAAACAUACUAGGCUUGGCUAAAAAGGCUAAAUUUGGACUGUCAGUGAAUAUUUAAGAAUAGGCCAAAACUAGACUAGUCAUCAAAUAAAAAGAAACGAAUGACUGCACAUAUAAAGUCAGUCAAAUUUGUCUAUUUGACAAAUAGUCUAGUUUUGGGCUAUUCUUAGAUGUCUAUUAUAUUUUCACUAAUAGCCCGCCUUGUUUUACUCAAGAUGUCUAUUAGACGUCCAUUAAACGCAAAAUUGUUUGCUUGGUAUAUUUUAUAUCCACACUAGAAGACUGCUGAUCUGCUAUAUAGACCCUUGCAGUUAUUAUUACAGUGUCAGCAGCAUCAGUUUGCAGGGUCCCUCCCCUUUAAACGUCACCGAGUAACAUCCCCUUUAACAGUCUUGCAUCUGCAGUGUUGUCAACGCAGGCUCUUUUUAGUCGGCGGAAAUAUUUCAACAAAGUUGCCCCUUUUUAACUUUCUACCUCCUCAUGAGCCCGGGGUUACUGUGAGCUGUAAUAACUCGUAUGUAUGCUUGUAACUAGUCUGUGCUUCGCAAUGCGGUGUUUCGUGUUGUUCGUGUCGCUUUUGUGCUCCUGUUUGAUAAACAGCGGACCAGCUCAAGGAUACUUCCAUGAGGAGCGCUGGAGCCCGGAGUCUGCAAUACUCGCUCCGCGGGUAAUGAUUGCUCUCAUCUGCCGGAACAACCAGCACUCGCUGCCGCAUUUCCUCGGGACCAUUGAGCGCCUUAAUUACCCGAAAGACCGCAUCGCACUGUGGGUAGCGACUGACCACAAUAUAGACAACACCACAUACCUGCUGCGAGACUGGCUCAUCAACGUACAGAAACUCUACCAUUAUGUGGAGUGGAGGCCAAAGGAGCAACCAAGUCAGUAUAAUGGUGAGGAAGGACCAAAGGAUUGGACAAAUGAACGUUAUGCUUAUGUCAUGAAACUUCGACAGGCAGCGCUGGAGUCUGCACGAGAAAUGUGGGCCGACUAUCUUAUGAUGAUUGAUUGUGAUAAUCUCCUGAUCAACCGAGAUGCCUUAUGGAAACUAAUAAAGGAGAACAAGACAAUUGUGGCACCAAUGAUGGAGUCUCGUGCCGCCUACUCAAACUUCUGGUGCGGAAUGACAUCACAGGGCUACUAUAAACGAACUCCUGCCUACAUCCCCAUGCGCAAGCAAGUUCGUAAGGGAUGCUUUGCGGUUCCAAUGGUGCACUCGACGUUCCUGGUGGACCUGCGGAAAGAAGCUUCCAAACAGUUGGCUUUUCAUCCGCCACAUCCAGACUACACCUGGGCUUUUGAUGACAUUAUAGUCUUCGCCUUCUCAGCCCGAAUAGCAGAGGUCCAAAUGUUUAUUUGCAACAGAGAAAUAUAUGGGCACCUGCCGGUUCCUCUUCGUGCCCACAGCACUCUGCAGGACGAGGCAGACAGCUUCAUUCACACUAUGCUGGAGGUCAAUGUACGAAAUCCCCCAGUUGAACCUUCCAGAUACUUACCCAAACCUGUCAGAAAACCUGAUAAAAUGGGCUUUGAUGAGGUGUUUAUGAUCAACCUGAAGCGACGAGGUGACCGGCGUGAGCGCAUGCUGAGGGCGUUGACAGAGCAAGAGAUCGAAUGUAAGAUUAUUGCUGCUGUUGAUGGCAAAGCUAUGAACGUCAGCGAGAUCCAUGCUCUGGGAAUCCACAUGCUGCCCGGCUACAGUGACCCUUAUCACGGCAGACCUCUCACUAAAGGAGAGCUGGGCUGCUUCCUGUCCCACUAUAACAUCUGGAAAGAGAUUGUAGACCGAGGCUUGAAGACCUCGCUGGUGCUUGAAGAUGACUUAAGAUUUGAGAUUUUCUUCAAGCGCCGCCUGCAAAAUCUGUUGCGUGAGCUGCAAAGUCAGAAUCUGGACUGGGACCUCAUUUAUAUUGGGAGGAAGAGGAUGCAAGUGGACCGGCCUGAAAAAGCAGUACCAAAUAUUCGCAACCUAGUGGAGGCAGACUAUUCCUACUGGACCUUGGGUUACAUGAUGUCUUUACAAGGAGCCAGAAAGCUUCUUAAAGCACAACCACUCAGUAAAAUGUUGCCUGUAGAUGAAUUCCUUCCUGUUAUGUUCAAUAAGCAUCCUGUAUCGGAUUAUAUGGAGCAGUUUGAGACGAGGGACCUGAAAGCGUUUUCAGCAGAGCCCUUGCUGGUGUUCCCCACACACUACACUGGUGAGGCUGGCUACAUCAGUGACACAGAGACCUCCACAGUGUGGGACAAUGAGAAAGUGCGAACGGACUGGGACAGGGAGCGUCGGGGUAAGACCCAGGAACAGGGUGAGAUCAGCACAGAGGCCCAGAACUCAGAUGUGCUUCAGUCUCCGCUGGACAGGACAGCCCGAGACGAACUAUAAGACGUUUUUUGGACUCUGGACAGCUAGAUUUUCUUCUGGAGGACAUUCAGCCUAAUAAGCACAAUAUGAGGAAGCAGAAGAGGCCUUUUUAGAGAUUUUUUUUAUUUUAAACAUUUUGUCCCUUCUUUUACAGAUGCGUUGGCGUGCACAGCAACUGUUCAUUUAAUGAUUAAGAUGAUUAACUGGUAACUGUUCAUAAUUGGGUUCCAUUUGUUAAGUUACGGAUACAGUAUAUUGAGGAGGUUGUCAGGUUUACCGGCAUAGUGACGCGAUGCAGAGACUGAAGGGCUUUAUUCUGCAAAAACAACCAUCCUGGGGUGCGUUUCCGAAAAUAAAAACUUGUUAGCAAACUAAAGUCACUCACUCCAUUGGUGCAAUUAUAGUUCAGCGAUUUGGCGAUUCUCGAAUCCGUCGUUCCAACGAACAUUCGUAAAUGAGUGCGGUUGCAACUACUUUUCUAGAGCUGUUGUUAGAAACAAAGUUCUGGGUUAUGUUUUAUUCCCAGUUAUCCCCCCUAUGCCCUAUUUCUUUUGAAUGUUCCAACAUCCACUUUGAAUCAAUAAUUUUCAAAAAAGUUCUCUCUCAUGUCUAAUUUGAGUUCAAAGUUAUUUUUUGGAGUUCAGUUAUCACGAACUUUAGGUUGGCAAGUGCACUCCCUUCGUAGUGCACUCCGAAAUCAUUUAUGCCAUUUUGAGCACAGCCGUGGCUCAUACCAAAAGCGACCUAUGAUUUAUAAGCAGAAAUCUUCAGAGCUUGUGCAAACAAAAAAUAUAGAAUAUAUUAGGGCUGGGCAAUAUGGCAAAAAUGCAAACUCGAUAAUUUUUUUCCCAUAUUGAACAAUAACAGUACAUUUCUAAAUAAAUCGUUAAUACUUCCAGCUUUAAAAGUUAUCAACCCAACAAUGACUGAUGCAACAAAAAUUCAUUAAACUACAAUUUAAAAUAUUGUUUAUUAACAAAAACAGAUUACACAUUUGGCCUUAAAUUAAAACCAAUAGUAAAAUCAUUUAAAAAGAUUAAUUUGGCAUUAAUAUUUUUAAAAAAAAAUUAAAAAUAUACAGUACAACUUCCAGCAAGUCCACACAAAUUGUAAAACUAUCAGUUUUUUUUUUGGAUUAUCCUUUUUUUAGGUAAUUAAAUAGGUUGGUUGUGUUGCCAGACUUGGUUUUGACAAACCAUUGACAUACUUUACAGAUUGUUUAAAUCUGCUCCUUGUCACAUUUCAGGUAGCUGAACCACUUCCAUGUAACUAAAUAUUUUUGUCCACAUUUUCAUCAUCUUUGGAUAAUAACUCGAGGUUAGUUUACUUUUGUCACUCAUUUCUUUAUUUUUGUCGUUUUGUCGAGUUUGUUAGCAAAUUGCAGUAGAAAAUUAUCUUUUUGACUUCAUACUGAUUGGUUGUUGUUGUCACAUGUUACUUCUGUGUGAUUGGCUCUUAGAUCAAUAUCGAGUAAAUAUGUUCAGAGCUUAUUAUCGCUACAGUAGCCUAUUUAAAUUAUUUACUUUAUAACUAAUAUGGAUCAAACAGUGCUUCUGUGACAGAGUAACCGUGGCUUUGGGAAACACUCAUCACUACAUCGUUCGUAACGCAUCUUACUAUGGUAGUUCAGCUGCGUCGUUGUUUGGCAAACACAUCCCUGGAUGUACUUUUAUCUCGCUUGCUACUUCACAGCACACAACUUCUCUCAGUUACUUGCCACGAAACAUGAAAAAUAGAACAAAACAUUGUUCUGCGCCGUAGCGGUUUAUUCGUUCCUUUAUUAAAUGCAAAGCUGACUGAAAACAAAACAGCUGAUGGAGUAUGCACUAAUCUGCGCAUUAUUCAGUCGCUAGAAGGCACCAAAUAGUCAAUAAAGCAAAGCUGACAGAAUCGAAACCAGCUGAUGGAGUGUACUCUAACAAAAGCAGUUUCAUUAGCAGAAGCCAGUUCGUAGGUCGCUCUGCUUACAAUCUCAAAACAACAACAAUUAUAUUCUUACAUAACAUCAUUAACUGCAUUACAUAUAGGUGUUUUAAUCUGAUUGGUUAAAACACAGAUAGACUAAGAAAAUUUCCAUGUGUGUGCAUGUGUACAAUUCUGAACAAUAUCUCAGUAUCUCAAGCAUACAGACAGCAUAUUAUUCAGUCGAAAGAGGGCACCAAAUAGUCAAUAAUGCAAAGCUGACAGAAACGAAACCGGCUGAUGGAGUAUAUACUAACCUGCGCAUUAUUCAGUCGCUAGAGGGCACCAAACAGUCAAUAACGCAAAGCUGACAGAAACAAAACCAGCUGAUGGAGUAUACGCUAACCUGCUAAUUAACACAAAGCUCACAGAAAUAAAACCGGCUGAUGGAGUAUAUACCUACCUGCGCAUUAUUCAGUCGCUAAAGGGCACCAAAUAGUCAAUAAAGCAAAGCUGACAGAAACAAAACCGGCUGAUGGAGUAUAUACUAACCUGCGCAUUAUUCAGUCACUAGAGGGCACCAAAUAGUCAAAGCAAAGCUGACAGAAAAAAAAACGGCUAAUGGAGUAUAUACUUAAAUGCACAUUAUUCAGUCACUAAAGGGCACCAAAUAGUCAAUAAAGCAAAGCUGACAGAAACAAAAUCAGCUGAUGGAGUAUACACUAACCUUCGCAUUAUUCAGUCACUAGAGGGUACCAAAUAGUCAAAGCAAAGCUGACAGAAACAAAUCCAGCUGGUGGAGUGUAUAUACUAACCUGCGCAUUAUUCAGUCAGUAGAGGGCACAAAAUAGUCAAUAAAGCAAAGCUGACAGAAACAAAACUGGCUGAUGGAGUAUAUACUAACCUGCGCAUUAUUCAGUCACUAGAGGGCUCAAAAUAGUCAAUAAAGCAAAGCUGACAGAAACAAAACUGGCUGAUGGAGUAUAUACUAACCUGCGCAUUAUUCAGUCACUAGAGGGCACAAAAUAGUCAAUAAAGCAAAGCUGACAGAAACAAAACCGGCUAAUGGAGUAUAUACUUACCUGCGCAUUAUUCAGUCACUAAAGGGAACCAAAUAGUCAAUAAAGCAAAGCUGACAGAAACAAAACCGGCUAAUGGAGUAUAUACUUACCUGCGCAUUAUUCAGUCACUAAAGGGCACCAAAUAGUCAAUAAAGCAAAGCUGACAGAAACAAAACCAGCUGAUGGAGUAUACACUAACCUUCGCAUUAUUCAGUCACUAGAGUGUACCAAAUAGUCAAAGCAAAGCUGACAGAAACAAAACUGGCUGAUGGAGUAUAUACUAACCUGCGCAUUAUUCAGUCACUAGAGGGCACAAAAUAGUCAAUAAAGCAAAGCUGACAGAAACAAAACUGGCUGAUGGAGUAUAUACUAACCUGCGCAUUAUUAAGUCACUAGAGGUCACAAAAUAGUCAAUAAAGCAAAGCUGACAGAAACAAAACUGGCUGAUGGAGUAUAUACUAACCUGCGCAUUAUUCAGUCACAAGAUGGCGCCAAACAGUCUCAAAUGCUAAGCUUACAGAAAAUAAGCUGAUUGAGUAUAUACUAACCAGCGUAAUAUUCAAUCACAAGAUGGCGCCAAACAGUCACAAAUGCAAAGCUUUCAGUAAAUAGCUGAUGGAGUUUCCAGAUGAGCCUGUGUUAUUUAGCGGUUGUUAUCUCGGAAUGUUGUGACUGACCAAUCAGAGUAUUCCAGACAACAGUGUAAUAACAUUGGUUUAGUACAUUAGGUAACACAAGCUAAAACGCAAUGGUGAAAAUGUCUGUGUAACAUUUUUCAUUAUUCAGGUGGGCCAAAAUUUUUUCCACACUGGUGGAUUGUGUAUCUGUUCUCAUUCUACAGGGCUCUUGAAAGCUUGUUUCUUAUUGGCUGAUGAACAUUCUGAGGUGUGCAAUUAUUUAAAAAUAAAGGCACCGCUAAAGUAGUUCCAGGCAGGUCUUCUUGACAUAUGUAAGAAACUAGUAAGUAGUAGUGGUAUGAGGACAAAAACAUCUCAGCAAUGUCUCCGGGUGUGGUAAUCAUAUUUUAAGUGAGAAAAUUUACACUGGUCUAUUAAAUUUGUAGAAAAUAUUACACAAUUGAGAUGUAACUGCAACACCGCUUCUCAUCGUAGCUGUAUCUCCAUUUCAGGUGUGCAUUAUUUUCUAAAAAUUCAACAGCAUAUUGCCAGUUACUCCUUACACAUUUCAUAAUUUUUAUUAGCCAUGAAAUAGCUAACUCAAAAUGACACAAGCUGAUUGGUCCUUUACAUGUUGUUUGCUGGAAACACAUUGCUUCUACAAAGCAGGCUGAUUGGUCUUAGCUGGUUUGACACCCAAUUCGUUUACUUGCUCAAGAUUUGUUCUUACUGGUUCAUUUGAUGAAAGAUGAGCUUUUAUACAGUCACGUGAAAAAGUUUGGACUGCCUUUUGAAUUCUGUGGUUUUCAGUAUGAAGUCUGUACUUUGACUGGACUACUGCAACGUCUUGAUUUUUAAAAUUUUUUAUUUUGUUCAAUAAGUCAUAGAUGCAGCUAUGCAAACCUUGCAAACAAGCUGCAAUGUUUUUUUAGAGAGGAGAGGCUUUCUUCAUCAAAGCUUGGCAUACUUGUCCAAUGUUUUUUGUCAUGCAUGAUUAUGUAAAAAUGACACGGAGCGAUAUGUCACUUGCUGUUUGUUCAUUUCAUGUUUUAUUUCCAAUUUUUUUUUGAGGAUAUUCUAAUACAGAAAAUAAUGAAAUUCAAUAGGACAUCCUAACAUUUUUCACAUUAUUGUACUGAGCAGAUAGUCUCAUAAUGUGGAAAAUGUCUAGAAUACAACAAUCCCAAAUGGCUGUUGAACAUUUUAGGGUAUGUAGCUUCACAAAACUUUAGUAAACCAUAGUAUAUCAUAUGUAUUUAUCUAGAGCAGGUGUUUUUGAGCCCAAACACAGCAUAGUUAUCCUUACAGAGAGCAAUGACGUAUUGCUUAUGCAUUUGAUGAGUUCAUUAAACCAAUCAAGGACUGUUUAACUGAGUGAUUGGAUUUAUAGUCCAGACUUUAAAAUGACCAUUCAGCAUAGAAUAGAAGGAAACAACUCUAUAAUCAGAUCUCAUUCACCAGGAUUUCAUUACUUUUUACAUUUUCUAUACAUAGUAGUACUACACUGAAAAGAUGAUUCUUUGGAUUAACUUUUUUUUAAGUUAAGGUGUUAAGGUGAAUUUAAACAAACAAAUUAAGUUGAACAUUUGUUUAAAUUCAACCCAUAUAAAUUAUUUGCAACAAGAAUUUUUUUUUUCAGUGUAUGCAGGAUUUUUCUUUCAGAUUCAAAAACCUCUAAUUACAGACUUUUCCCCCUAACAUGAGAAUUUUCCUCAUGCUUCUGUGUGUACAUUCAGUAAUUUCAUUUCAGUCAUUUCCAUUUGGCAGAGAAUAGAUUGUUCUCAGUCCCUUUAAAGUGAAAUAACUAAACCUAAUCAUAUGAUGCUGAGAUAAAUGUGCAUUUUAGAUCUGAACUAUAUACGGUUGAAGUCAGAAUUAUUUGCCCCCCUUUUUCUUUCUUUUUUAAAAAUUUCCCAAAUUAUGUUUAACAGAUAAAUAAAUGUUUCACAGUAUUUCAUAAAAUAUUUUUUUCUUCUGCAGAAAGUUUUAUUUGUUUUAUUUCGGCUAGAAUAAAAGCAAUUUAAAAAAAAUGUUUUAAGGUCAAAAUUAAUAGCCCCUUUAAGCUAUAUUUUUUAAAUAGUCUACAGAACAAACCAUCAUUAUACAAUAACUUGCCUAAUUACCCUAACCUGCCCAACCUAAUUAGCCUAGUUAAGCCUUUAAAUGUCACUUUAAGCUGUAUAGAAGUGUCUUGAAAAAUAUCUAGUAAAAUAUUAUUUACUGUCAUCAUGGCAAAGAUCAAAAUAAAUCAGUUAUUAGAAAUGAGUUAUUAAACCUAUUAUGUUUAGAAAUGUGUUUAAAAAAAUUCUCUUCGUUAAACAGAAAUUGGGGAAAAAAAUAAACGGGGCUGAUAAUUUUGACUUUGUCUGUAUAUUCAUCUGCAACUAUAGGCCUAACAAU